AUGGCGAAAUACGGGAAAACCACGCAGACCUACAGCGACAGGCAGGAAGAGCAUUUCAGGGCCCAGAUUGGGUUGAUGGCGAGCGUUCUAAAGACCUCCAGAGACUCCCCAGACCCCAGAUCGCCGACAGAACCUCGAUUCCAGAUCCUAGAUCCCCAGAACCAAAGAAUCAAAGAAUCACAGAAUCAGAGAACCACAGAAACCAAAGCACAACACAACCCAGAGAAACCACAGCACCCACAGAUCAAGCACCCAAAUCCGCAGGGCUUGAACACACUAACAUCGGGAGGGGCAGAGAACCGAGGCAUCAAAGGAGGGGCGCAAGGAUCCCCCGCCAUCCCACGAUCCUGGCGGCCGAUCCGACAUGCGGAGAAGCCCUCACGCCUUCCCUCAAUUCCAGGGCAAGAGGGAGGAUUAGGGUCCACUCACACUGGCAAUGAAUACUUUGUGCUGCUGCUGACUGCGACUCACACUGCCGGUCGGCAUGAUGGCGAUGAUGUGCAGAGAGGAAUGAAUCGGGAAGAAUAG